AGCAAAAUAUAUGUGAAUCUUGAUAUAGAUUACAUAAGAUCUUUGGCUCCAAAAUUUUCCACCAUGUCCAAUGAAGUUCGAAUUAUAAAAAGCUCUAAUGUUAACAGUCUUCCUCGUGAGGAAGAGAUGUUUUUGAACCGUAUGGACAUUAAGGAGUUGCUGGAGGCUGAGUGGAGCUCUGAACUACAGGAAUACAUUGUUACAGUGAAGAGCAAGAUAAUAGAAAUACAUAACUAUUUUGGUUGGUACUACAUUUCAUGCAAUGUGUGCUCGAAGAAGAUUGAACCAACAAAUAGUAUUUAUCGAUGCCACAAUUGCAACAAAGAUUGCAAAUUUCCUUUGGUCAGGUAUAAGAUACACCUAAAAGUGACAGAUAGGACCGGAGACACUACUUUUAUCUUAUUUAAUGCGGUGGCUGAGAAACUCCUUGAUACAUCAGCUCACAAGUUGUUCAACAAGCUUACUACAGCUAACAAUGAUGUGCCUGUCCAAGUCCAAAGCCUUUGCGGGAAAGAAUUUGUUUUUAAACUGAGAUUAAAUCACUAUAAUUUGAAAGAAGGUCUUGAGAAUUUUACAAUAUCAAAGCUUUGGAUUCCAGAUGAUAAUUUGGAAGUACAAUACAAACUAAGGAAAGAAGAAAAGGGGAAGAACUUAUCCAAAAAUGAAACUGACCCAAAAGAUCAGGGAACCAACGGAUUGACCAAACAGAUGAACAAUCAGGUAUCUGUUGAUGUGUUGUUGACUGACUUGGAAGAUUAUGAGGAUGAAGUACAUGUAACUAAUGGUGCUAAGAGUAGAAAACGAAGAAACCUAAUCAUAGAUGAUGAGGAAUUAAGCGUUCAAGACACAAAUAAGGUCAAGAAGUAAAGGGAUUAUUGUUGGUCAUAAAUGACGAGGAAUAAGUGUUCAUCACACAAAUAAGUUGAAGAUGUAGAGGGAUAAUUGUUGCUUCUGAUUGUUUUCUGUUUUUUGAGCUAAGUUUAGUUGUUUCGUCCUUUUAUAAUUUACACUUUAGUAUAAUAACUAGCCACCUUUGAGCUUAGUUAAGUUAUUUCGUCCUUUUACCAUUUUAAGUUUAGUUUAAUAAGUAGCUCCAUGU